GGCGGCCUCGGCUGCGCCGAGAGCGGAGACACAGGCUCAAGAUGGCAGAUUCCGACUGAGGCUGAGGGGGCCGAGCUCGCGCGCCGCUUUCCCUGCUCCGUUGCCAUGAAUCGCGGACACCCCGGCCCCGAUGGCCCCCGUGUACGAAGGUAUGGCCUCACAUGUGCAAGUUUUCUCCCCUCACACCCUCCAAUCAAGUGCCUUCUGUAGUGUGAAGAAACUCAAAGUAGAGCCGAGUUCCAGCUGGGACAUGACUGGGUACGGCUCCCACAGCAGAGUGUACAGCCAGAGCAAGAACACAGCACCUUCUCAGCCAGCCACCACAACCGUCAGCACCUCCUUGCCAAUCCCAAACCCCAGCCUACCUUACGAGCAGACCAUCAUCUUCCCAGGAAGCACCGGGCACAUAGUGGUCACGUCCGCAAGCAGCACGUCUGUCCCUGGGCCCGUCCUCGGCGGACCACAUAACCUGAUGCGGCGCAGCACCGUCAGCCUCCUUGACACCUACCAGAAAUGCGGACUCAAGCGUAAGAGCGAGGAGAUCGAGAACACGAGCAGCGUGCAGAUCAUCGAAGAGCAUCCACCCAUGAUUCAGAAUAAUGCCAGCGGGGCCACGGUCGCCACUGCCACCACGUCCACUGCCACCUCCAAGAACAGCGGCUCCAACAGCGAGGGUGACUACCAGCUGGUCCAGCAUGAAGUGCUGUGCUCCAUGACCAACACUUACGAGGUGUUGGAGUUCCUGGGCCGAGGGACGUUCGGGCAAGUGGUCAAGUGCUGGAAGCGGGGCACCAAUGAAAUCGUAGCCAUCAAGAUCCUCAAGAACCACCCGUCCUAUGCCCGACAGGGCCAGAUUGAAGUGAGCAUCCUGGCCCGGCUGAGCACAGAGAGUGCCGACGACUACAACUUCGUGCGGGCCUACGAGUGCUUCCAGCACAAGAAUCACACCUGCUUGGUCUUCGAGAUGCUGGAGCAGAACCUCUAUGACUUUCUGAAGCAGAACAAGUUUAGCCCCUUGCCCCUGAAAUACAUCCGCCCGGUCCUCCAGCAGGUAGCCACGGCCCUGAUGAAGCUCAAGAGCCUCGGGCUCAUCCACGCUGACCUCAAACCGGAGAACAUCAUGCUGGUGGAUCCGUCCAGGCAGCCGUACAGGGUGAAGGUCAUCGACUUUGGGUCAGCCAGUCACGUGUCCAAGGCCGUGUGCUCCACCUACCUGCAGUCCCGGUAUUACAGGGCGCCUGAGAUCAUCCUCGGGUUACCGUUCUGUGAAGCGAUCGACAUGUGGUCGUUGGGCUGUGUCAUCGCGGAACUCUUCCUGGGCUGGCCGUUGUACCCGGGAGCUUCAGAGUAUGACCAGAUUCGGUAUAUUUCACAAACGCAGGGUUUGCCAGCUGAAUAUUUAUUAAGCGCAGGGACAAAGACAACCAGGUUCUUCAACCGUGACACGGAUUCUCCAUAUCCUUUGUGGAGGCUAAAGACACCGGAUGACCAUGAAGCAGAGACGGGGAUUAAGUCGAAAGAAGCCAGAAAGUACAUUUUCAACUGUUUAGAUGACAUGGCCCAGGUGAACAUGACGACAGAUCUGGAAGGGAGCGACAUGUUAGUGGAAAAGGCAGACCGGCGGGAGUUCAUUGACCUGUUGAAGAAGAUGCUGACCAUAGAUGCGGAUAAGAGAAUCACUCCGAUCGAAACCCUGAACCACCCCUUUGUCACCAUGACGCACCUACUCGAUUUUCCCCAUAGUACACAUGUCAAAUCCUGUUUCCAGAACAUGGAGAUUUGCAAACGUCGGGUGAAUAUGUAUGAUACAGUGAACCAGAGCAAAACCCCUUUCAUCACACAUGUGGCCCCCAGCACAUCCACCAACUUGACCAUGACCUUUAACAACCAGCUGACCACUGUCCACAACCAGGCUCCCACCUCCACCAGUGCCACUAUUUCCUUAGCCAAUCCCGAAGUCUCCAUACUAAACUACCAAUCUACACUCUACCAGCCCUCAGCGGCAUCCAUGGCUGCCGUGGCCCAGCGGAGCAUGCCCCUGCAGACGGGAACAGCCCAGAUCUGCGCCCGGCCCGACCCCUUCCAGCAAGCCCUCAUCGUGUGUCCCCCCGGCUUCCAAGGCUUGCAGGCCUCUCCCUCCAAGCAUGCUGGCUACUCAGUGAGGAUGGAGAAUGCAGUGCCCAUCGUCACUCAAGCCCCAGGAGCUCAGCCACUCCAAAUCCAACCAGGUCUGCUCGCCCAGCAGGCCUGGCCAAGCGGGACCCAGCAGAUCCUGCUUCCCCCAGCAUGGCAGCAGCUGACCGGAGUGGCCACCCACACCUCCGUGCAGCACACGGCCGUGAUUCCCGAGACCAUGGCGGGCACCCAGCAGCUGGCUGACUGGAGGAACACGCACGCUCACGGCAGCCAUUACAAUCCCAUCAUGCAGCAGCCUGCGCUCUUGACGGGUCAUGUGACCCUUCCAGCAGCCCAGCCCUUAAACGUGGGUGUGGCCCAUGUCAUGAGGCAGCAGCCCACCAGCACCACGUCCUCCCGGAAGAGUAAGCAGCACCAGUCAUCUGUGAGAAAUGUCUCUACCUGCGAAGUGUCCUCCUCCCAGGCCAUCAGCUCCCCGCAGCGAUCCAAGCGCGUCAAGGAGAACACCCCUCCCCGCUGUGCCAUGGUGCGCAGCAGCCCAGCCUGCAGCACCUCAGUCACCUGUGGGUGGGGCGACGCUGCUUCCAGCACCACCCGGGAGCGGCAGCGGCAGACAAUUGUCAUUCCUGAUACCCCCAGUCCCACAGUCAGCGUCAUCACCAUCAGCAGCGACACGGACGAGGAGGAGGAGCAGAAACACGCCCCCACCAGCACUGUCUCCAAGCAAAGGAAAAAUGUCAUCAGCUGCGUCACGGUCCACGACUCUCCCUACUCAGAUUCCUCCAGCAACACCAGCCCCUACUCUGUGCAGCAGCGCGCCGGGCACAGCAACGCCAAUGCCUUCGACAGCAAGGGGACCGUGGAGAACCACUGCGCUGGCAACCCCAGGACCAUCAUCGUGCCGCCCCUGAAAACCCAGGCCAGCGAGGUGCUGGUGGAGUGCGAUAGCCUGGCACCAGCAAACACCAGUCACCACGCGUCCUCCUACAAGCCCAAGUCCUCCAGCAACGUGACCUCCACCAGCGGUCACUCUUCAGGGAGCUCCUCUGGAGCCAUCGCCUACCGACAGCAGCGGCCAGGCCCCCACUUCCAGCAGCAGCAACCCCUCAAUCUCAGCCAGGCUCAGCAGCACGUCACCACGGACCGCGCCGGGAGCCACCGACGGCAGCAGGCCUACAUCGCUCCCACCAUGGCUCAGGCACCCUACUCCUUCCCGCACAACAGCCCCAGCCAUGGCACUGUCCACCCCCACCUGGCCGCCGCCGCAGCUGCUGCCCACCUGCCCGCCCAGCCCCACCUCUACACCUACACAGCGCCUGCCGCCCUGGGCUCCACCGGCACCGUGGCCCACCUGGUGGCCUCCCAAGGCUCGGCGCGCCACACCGUGCAGCACACUGCCUACCCGGCCAGCAUCGUGCACCAGGUCCCCGUGAGCAUGGGCCCCCGGGUCCUGCCCUCUCCUACCAUCCACCCCAGCCAGUAUCCAGCCCAGUUCACCCACCAGACCUACAUCAGCGCCUCUCCAGCCUCCACCGUCUACACUGGAUACCCACUUAGCCCUGCCAAGGUCAACCAGUACCCUUACAUAUAAGCACUGGAGGGUGGGGGAGGAGACGGCGGAGAGGGCGGGAGGAGGGGUGGGGGAGGAGAUGGGGCCAGAGAGGGCGGGGAGGAGGGUGGCCAGAGCUCCUGGGACCGAGGAGGGAGCUGGCUUUUUAUGCUGAAGACACCGCACACAAACAAUGCAAAUGGGAGGGGGCGGGGACUGGGACGGACGCAAAGGAAACUUGAACCAGGAAGUGAGGAGGACUUAGAGCAGAGAAGAGAACAUUUUAAAAAGGAAGGGAUCAAGGAGGGGGAAAUCUAUGCUUUUUAUUUUAAAAAAGAAAAAAGAAAAAAAAAUGUUGGCAACAAAAAAACACAGCUCAUGCACCCACUCUGCACCAAACUGGAAAGGAGAAGAGAGCCACAGGAAGAUCCCAGAGGGGCCCAGUGUGGGGAGAACUUUUAUCUAUGAACUUUUCAAAGAUUAUUUUCAUACGACGGCAAGUGGCAUUGAAGAACUUGCUGUCAGGGACACCUGCUGUGCAAAUCCAAUAGAUUUUUAAUUAACUGAACAUACGAAUUAGGGAUUUUUCCAGAACUCUAAGAGUCGACACCCCCUCCAGAAUGAGGAGGCUGACAUUUCGGGGUUGGGCUGGGGUGACGGGGCGGGCCAGGCUGAGGGAAGACCCCCGGGCACGGGCUGGGUGGCUCUCUGAGCGCUCUGGACAAAUCCCUAAACAAUGUUCCGCCUCAAAUGUCGUGACUAAUGUGUUGCAAACUUCGGUUUUGUGGGGUUUUUUUCUUUUCUUUUCUUUUCUCUUCUUUUCCGAAGAUUCCUUUUCCCUUUGAAUCAACCCCUAGUUCCGUAGUGCAGGGCAGACGCCCUGGUAGGAUGUAGCACCCUGCACCCCAGUCCUCUAGCUGUGUUCACUUGCAAUGAUACCAAUAGACGAUUCCUCCGUGUAAUUGCACAAAGACAGCGAUAGGUCGCAGGCGAGUCACCGCCGUGGGGGCGCCGCCGGCACAGCCGCGCAGUCUCCAUUCUCGUCGCUCCCUCCUAGUGCCUUACCGAACGACAGACGCGGUGUGAGGGUUUACUUCCUCUGGUACUCCAAGAACCAGGCUGAGGCCAGCCCAGCCUCAGCUCCUCUGUUACCGCCGUGGUCACACGUUUCACUCCGCUCUCUCUUUUCCUUUCUCUUUCUCACGCCCGUGGUCUUUCCUGGGCUCUUCGCAUGCGGGUGUCAGGGAAGCUGGUGGCCGCUGGAGGGGCAGAGUCGUGGAUGAGCCACCAGGGAGCGCGUCUGACAGUCGGGUGGCUUCAGCUGAGUUUUGCUUUUGGGGCAAAGACCCAGAGGGACCCCCCCCCCAGCCUUCACCUGUGCCCUCAGCUGUAGGAGCGUUGGCCCCCACCCCACAGGAAGCCCCACAGCUCCUGGGGGGCUGUGUCCUGCCCUCACAGUCUCACCAGAUGCUCCCUCCGGCGACAACCACCAGCUCCAUUUGCUGUUGCUUCCUCCCUCGCGUGACCAGGGCCUGCCCAGGACGCCUUCCUGGCUUUGAUGUUGGAGGAGAGUGGUGGGCAGAAGGUUUGAGGGACGCCUCCGAGAGUGCCCAGGGCCCUGCUCUGCCGGGGAGGACCCUCCCAAGGGACAGUUACGCUUCCAAAGAAACCCGCGCCCUGCCCCGCGUGCUCCUGCGGCCAUGCGUUCUGGAGAUUUCUCAGGCUUCGAGCCCGCUGGCUGGCGGCGCGGCAGGGCGCGGGGUGGGCCCUCUCUGGUCGUGGUAAGUGACUGUGAAAUCCGGGAGUGUGGGGAGUGCGGCCCAAAGGGUGGCUGUCGCUGUUGAGUCCUCACGGGGCCCCUCCGCCAGGUUUCCGAGGUGCAGAGAGAUCUUCCCCCAUCCCGGCAGCCCCUCUGAGCGGGCUACUGUGAAAGCGAUUUUGUAGUGAAAGCCGCCCUAACUCAGUAACGAAGCCGUUACUUAGCUCUUAGCUGUGAAGUGACUCUGGAAACUUCCCCACCCCAACCCUAAAUCCUCACUUCUAAAGAAAAUGGUCCCCCGACGGGAAACCCCUCAGCUGCAGGCCUUGGGCUGGAAGGCAUGCGGAGGCCUGCUCAAGCCUGGACACGCUCAGUGGCAUCACCACGCGGCCGCCGGAGCUGUGCCAGUGCCAGGCCCCAGCGGGGGGGUGUUCUCCCUUGGGGCCGCGGCAGAGGUGGGGAACUGCCUGUUCUGAGGCUGCAGGAGAAUGUUUGCUUCCAAGAGGUGAGGGGAGCCAAGACUGUGGGGACCCUGGAGCCAGAGCCCUCCCAGAACCCCCUGCCUGCAGAUCCACCUGUGAAGGACUUAGGGCAGCAGCACCCCUCAGAGCUCCUCACGGGGCGUGCCCGGGGUGAGCCUCAGUUUGCCUUAUCGGCUGGCACCCUGGGCCUCCCGCACAGUGCAGCUCCAGCUCUUUCCCGGUCCGAUCUUUAGCGAAAAACACAAAAUGUUCUUUCCAUCUUAAAGAAAACGUUUUUGUCUGCUUAAGUUGGAAGCUUCUUGCUCUCUCGCCUGUUUUCCUUCCUCGUCUUCUUCCAGACCAGGAAUGAAAGUUCCAUGCUGCUCAUAAAGAUGAUAGUGUACUAAUUAUUUUUGUUACUGCCAUUGUAAUUAUGAUCAUUAUCAUCAUGUUGAUAUUUUAGUCAGGGUUUUAAAUGCACAUGUAUUCCAAGUAUCUUUGUUCUCCCUUUACUAUUUAAACCUAUUUUAUUAUGUAUCUGUGAGUAUGUAAGUAGACUGGAGGGACAGACCGAUGUCCAGUUUUGUCAGACAAGAAGAAAAAGGAAAGAUCCGGAAUUAGGGAAAUUGUUCCCGUCGCCUCUGUUCCACAAAGAGCCGUGGAGGAAGCUCCCCUGGGCUGGAAGCUUGGAGCAGCAGCAGAGCCCUUGCUGUUCACAGCCCCGACUGGGCGCGAGGCCGGGCCGCCUCCGUCACUGCUGCGUCUGCGCCGUCCCCCGUGCCUGAGGAAGCGUCUCACAGACGGGGUGCUGCCUCGCUGACUGCUGAGCGCCUGCACGCCUCCCCUGCCCCGCUUCUCCAUGCGCCUCACACCUGCUGACUGCAUCCUUGGCCUGCUCACAGCCCCUGUGUCCACAGUGGGCCCCGGCUCCUUUCCCGUCAGCACCCCUGGAGCACGGUCAUCCCCUUCCACAAGGAGGAACCGGUCCCUCCUGGAAGCCAGGGGUGUGAUGUUGAUGAGAGCGAUGGGCAGGUGGUGCCUCCCCGGGACCGUCCAGCCUCCCGCCCCUUCCCUGCGCCCCAUAACCACACCACCCACUCCUUCCAUCCUGUCCGCCCCGUGCCCCAUGGGUGGCCCCUCCCCACACACAGUCACAGUGGGCCAGAGAAGACCUGAACAAGACACAGCAGCUGCCUGGGUGUCGCAAGCCAACGGUGGGACCCACAGCUGCCUGCUGGCCUCUGUGCCUCUUGGUGCCCUGCACUGUGUGUGACGGCCACCCACAGCCAGCCCACCACUGUGCGAGCAAUGUUGGGGAGCACCUAGGCCUCACCAGUGGUGCUCCCGCAGUCCCAGGCCGAGCUGUCUCGUGAGAAGUCCCCCAGGAAGCCCCAGCAGAAGCGCGCUCUUCGGCGUCCUUGUCCUUACCCGUCGUCGACCCCCAGCCCCGCACCCCACCCCCACCCCCACCCUCCAGCACAGGGAUGCCUGCCUCAUCCCGAUCCAGACACAAACGACAUGGCGCAUCCUCUGGUCUUCACUCAGUUCUUUCCGCGCUGAAGACGACGGUUCAGAAGGGAAGAGGUGAGGGGACAGACCGAGAGCAGCAUCUGGUUGGUGCCGUGCAACCCUCAGGUCCGUUUGCUUCUGCUUGCCGAGCCUGACCCGUCUCGGCGUCGGCACCCAUGUUUCUGUGACGUGUGGGUGUUUCCCAGAAGGGGGGGGCAGGCCAGUGGGUGAGAGAGCCGAGGCUUUAUGCCGGUUCAUACGGGGACGUGCAGCGAGCGGUCAGUGUAAUUCAGAGGAAAGAGAAGAGGUGGGGCAAGCCGACGGUCUUUGCAUCGCUCGCAGGCCGCGGAAGCCAGCUGGGCUGUGUCCUGGAGGGCUCCAGGGUGUCGGGCGGUGGGAGACGGGGGUCAGCACCGUUGCUGUCGGCAGGACGCCCCCGACUCCAUCUGGGAAUCGCAGAGCCUCAUUGUGAGUACUUGUGGCAGAGGACAUGGUUGUGUGCGUGUGUGCGAGUGAGUGGAGCAGUCGUUCUUGGAAACUGGAGGGAGGAGACAAGGAGGCUUAAGGAAGUACUACAGAUGGUUCCUGGUGGCUGGCACAGCACGGGUCCCCCGGCCAAUCCUGGUCAGUGCCAAGGGCAGGGGGCACGGGGGACUGUCGCUGUUGCCGGCCGGCCGGCCUGCCAUACGGCUGCAAGGACAAGAAAACAGGAGGAUAUAGCCAGGCCCCCUCGGCUGGCGGGGAGACCUCCGCAGAGCUCCCAGCCCGGGCACGCGCGGUGCUGGCCCAGUGACCGCCGCAGCUCGUCCCAGCCGCGGGGACGUCGCGGGCUUCUCCCUGUGUGUGUGCUCUCUCUGGUGUGUUGCGCAGAUUGCCAGCGGGGAAGCCUCCGCACUGAGCAGGCCAGAGAUGUCCCUACCAAGUUGGAGAGGAAGGUGAAGCCAUCCCUUUCUGUAGCCAAAGAGCCCCUUCUCAGAGAACCCCAGAGGCAGACGAGCUGGCACCCCCACUCCUCUUCGGGCAGUAAUGACAACGCUGGUGAUGCCACCCAUCCCUCCUUGUCUCUCCUCUCUUGCAUGUGUUUCGAGCCUGCACGCGUCCCUUGAGAGGCUGUGGGCGUGGUCCUGAAUGUUGCUGCUGUCAGGAAGGAAGGCGUGGGGUUCUCGGGGGGCCUCGUGCUGCCCUCGGAGCGGCAGGACUCUCGUGCGAUGCCCUAGUCCCUGCCCCGUCCCCCUGCAGGCCAGCUUCAGUGCAAUCUUGGGCCCUGAGAUGGAAUUUAGCCCGAGAGAAGCCAGCCUCUCACAGGCGUUUGGUGUCAUGGCUCGUGUGGUGGCCCCAAAAGUUCCAGAGAGAGCUGCCUGUAGGCCAGCACUUCCCUUCAGAUUCCCGUACAGACUGCGGCACCUCCGCGCCCCCAGCUGCACUCCCGGAGCCCCGAGCGAGCCCUCGUCUCGGAGCCCUGCGUUGGUUGUCUCAGCGGCAGUCGUUGGCUGCUCUCAUUUCUCCAGGCCUCAUAGAGCCGUGCCCCGCCCCCAACACCACCCCCAUGUACAGAUGAGGAAGCUGCGACGACGGUGGUUAAGUUUCUAGUCAAUGUUCUGUUAACCCGGCCUUUCCCGGGACGGGAUUUCUGUUUGUUUUAUCUGACUAACAGCGGCGAGUGGCCUCAAUCCUGAUGGGCCAGCGGUGAGUGCUCCCUGUCCCCUGUGCCAAACACUGUGCUAGCCAUUGCUCAUUGCUGGUCUCCAUUCGUCGAGUCUGACAGUCACCUCUGAGGCUGGCACCGGCGGCCCCUCCCAGGCAGGCAGCUGGCCUGCACAGCUCCUGAGCUGUCUGGGGCCACCAAGCUAGGAAGGGGGCGCAGCCAGGCUGGGACGUGGGCCGGCAGCUCCAGGGCUGAGGUCGCGGCUGCCAGCUCUCGGGAGGGCCACCCCUGCGCCACGAGCCUCAGCAGAAAGUCUGUGCGGAGCAGGUGCCGAGCUGCGCGCAGGGGCGGGCUGAGACGGUCAGUGAGAAACCUCUGGGGAGUUUCUUUUGCAUUUAGAAUUCCUUGUAGGUUUCUUUCCAGCUUACCAACUAGCUUUAGCAGUGCUGCUACAACAAACUCUAAAAAGAGUGAAGAAAAAACAUGUUCUUUUUCUUCUUUUAAAAAGAAAAUAAUUUUGUCUUGCUUAUAGUUAAUUCUAGAAAGGCAAUACUAAAGGUCUAUAUUUUUUUUCAAAAUGCUAUUUUUUACUGCACUUGAAAACUACCGUGGCAACUCUGAUCUCUGCAGUAGAUCCACCACUCAGCUCGGGACAGAGCAGGUGCAGGAUUCACGCCAAAUGUGUAAAUACCUUGUGUGGGUCUGGUGUCCCGGAACUUUUUUCUUAGAAGUCAACAAAGAAGAACGGCAAGAAGACUUUGAGGAAGAGGAGCCCAGCGUUCUGUCGCGACAGACACCCUUCUCGGAGGAACGGGCGCACGCUCCAGUUUGCAGGACUGUCCGGGUGUCUCGCCCAGGUGUGCGAUGGGCAGUGGCGGAGGCGGCGGGGGCAGGCACAGCCCUGCUCUGAGGAAGCGUUCUCUGUGAGGAGACGCCUGCUCGGCUGCGGGGAGGCUGCGUGUCCUUUCUCUCGGAACCUGCUGUUGACGGCUGCAGGCUUGUCGGCCCCGACUCUCGGGCAGUUCACACACGUUCUGGACUCCCUGGGACUCGGACUCCGCGGAAACAAGCCCAGCUCUUCCUCCGAAGUCGGGCUCCUGGCGGCGUCGAUGGCCGUGGUGGGAUCCGGACCGGACGCCUACGAUGCUCUUCAGAAGGUUUCGAUACAUUACCUUACACAAGCUGUGGCCUGACGCCAGUAAUUACCUCACAUGUGGGCAUUCAGCCUGGUCUUAGCCUUUUCUGAAAUCCUGUAGCCAGCUUGAUCUUGGGAACUCAACGACUAUGAAUUAAUUCUGUGUGGGCUGAAAAUAAUGCCGCGUGCACACCCUGACCACUGUAGCUGAAGUGAAUUGGGAAAGUAGUUCAUCAAACCCAGGAGAAGGUGUUGCGGUCGAAGGUGACGUUCAAAUGCACGUGUGAAGUACAGAUGUUUUUAGCUACUGUGAAAUGCUGUUAGCCUUCUAAGGUAUCAAGAGAGUCACAUUUGAAACGCGCAGACUGAAUAACCCUGGAUACGUAAGCAUACUUCUGGCUAUGUUUCAUAGUUAACGUGUUUUGUAGUUUACAUUUAAACUGGUACUUUUAUACGAAGUUCUGUUUCUAACGGAUGUCUUCAGACCGCGGUGGCUGCCUCUGUGGCUGGGGCCAGGUCUGCCCGGGGCAGGUGUGUCCGUAGCCCAACGCGAGAGGAUGUGCAGGGACGGCCAGAGUAGGCGGGGCUGAGCGGGGAGCCGGAGCCGGGGCGAAGCUCUCGCGCCUCGUGUGUCAGCUCUGUCUCCAGGGCCUCUCUGACAUCGGGAAGAGGCCGCAGAAGGCAGCGAGAGCAGACCCCUGGCCCGUUGGCUUUUCCCUUGAUUUGAUACUGACAGAUCCGUGAACUCCCAGUCAGCAGGCAGAAGACACUGGGACUCCGUGACCCAAAACACAGCUGUCACCUGGGUCCCCUGGGCCUCUGUUCAUUGUGUAGGUUUUCUAUCUCGUUUGCUCAUGUGAAACAAAUCAGUGUGAGAGCAGGUGUCACUCCUGCACACCUGCACCAAGGACUUGGCAGAAGGCCUGGGGGUGGGGGGGCGGUGGGCAGGAGGAGCUGGGGUGGACGUCCCACUGCCACCCGAUCUAAGCAGCAGAUCGGCAGUGUCAAGGAGACUUCCGAGGUGGGAGUCGGCCCCAGUGCCACACAGGGACGGACUGAGGACACGCCAGGGUCUCUGGGAGUUCUAGUUCCUUUUUUUUUUGUAUUUAUAUAUAGUCUGCUUCCUCUUUUACCACAAGCAAGCGAGCUGCAGAGUCCCCGCUGUGAUCCGGGGGGCGCUCCUGCAGCAGAUGGGAGCCUGAACGCUGCAAGCACCCGGGAGCAGGGAACGCCUGGAUUCCAGCCACGCGUGUCCUUGUCCCCGUGAGCCGCGUCCACGAUGUGUUCGCGUGGCAGGGUCCUGUUAGAACUGUUGCUGUCAGACGUUUCCAGCACUCUUCAUCUCGCCCCCCUGCUCCAACUCCUGUGCUCACGCCUGCAUGUCUUCCCCUUGCACUGAUUAACCAAAUGAAGUCUAUGUCCUUGUCUUUGGGGCUGUACCCAUAUUUUUAAACCUAGAGGUAUAGAAAUUACCCCCCCUUUUUAUUUUGAAAAACAAAUGUAUCUGGGAAGGGGUUCUACCACUGCUCACUCUAGUUUCUGUCCAAAUCUUUCCUGAUGCUGUGACCCCCACCACACUCACACUCACACUCACACUCGUGUUGAGUCGCUGUCCCCAUAGCCGCCUCUGCCUCCGCGCUGCUGCCACCACAGACGCCCAGGAAGCUCACAAGCCAGCAGCAGGGGCCCACUUCUGCUAGGGGUCGUCUCGCCUCGCUGUUAGAUGGUUGCCUGCCGGGCUGCAGGGCCCUGGAUUUCUUACUGUUGUUUAAAUAGUUCGGCUCAGGUUAUAAGGAAGAACUUGGGAGGUGGAAAGUGACUUGACCGUGCCCAUGCUUCGUAGCCUUCUGUGACUUCCGACCCUGCCCCUCCGCCGCGUUUGCCCUGCCUCCCAGUCUGCUGGGGCCCGCAGCAUCUCACUUCCUCGCUUUUCUGCUCUUGCUCAUUUAAAGCUUUCUGUGGACUUCCCAGGGCACAAUCAUUUCUGGCUCCCAAAGCAUCUCUUCAUCCCCUUUGUGUGUGUGUGUGUGUGUGUUUUAACCAAAUGAAGUAGACAAGAAAGUCAUACCAGGGGCAGCAGAACUUCUCGUGCCGUGGAGUCACUGUGUAGAUGUAGGUGCUGAUGCAUAUGUGUGUGUGUGUGUAUAUCAAACCAAAUUCCUGAUAGGACAAGUAUAGCUUUACGGAGGAGGAGGAGGAGGAGGAGGAGGGAGUGGGGGCUGAAGAGGCUGGGGCAGCACUGGAGUGUGAGGCCAGCACGCCGUGUCCCAGGCUGUUCCAAGGCUUGGCGCCAGGCCCUGUCACCCACCUCCCCACAGUGGAGCCACAUGGCCCUCUCGGUCCCCAGCAUCAAGGGUGUAGAGACAGGGGACAGCAAAUCAGAAUGACUGGAAUUUUCCAUCCCAUUUUGCUUUGACCACACGUAUUGAGCUGCAGCCCCUGAUGUUAUAUCAACUUUCCAAAAAUGAGAUCCAUUAAGAUAGAAAGAACCGCUCCGUAGAAAUGUUUACCUUUCAACUGCCCGUGAAUUCAGGACGCUCUGGGUGGAGAGACUCAUUCCCCAGAAUGAGAACAGGAGAGAGGAGACCUGGUGACGGCCAGGCACCAGCCGGAGGAGCGUGGCUCCCUCCUCGAGGUCAUCAUCUCAGCCCAAUCUCAGUAGCCCUCUGGAAGCCCUGGUCUGUUGUGUUCCCUCACUGUACGGUUUCUGUAAUAAGCGUUCAUCCAUGUUAAUCUGUGUGAAAAUUAUUGCGUGCGACAGUAUUCUCUCGUGUACCUCUUUUUCCUAUGUGAAUUGUCCCUCUUUUCUUUUUUAUUUAUAAAUGUCUACUUUUUUUUAAAGACAAACCAAUGUGUUGUAGACCUAAAUGUAACCUAUUCCUUAGUCUCAUAUUAUAGGUAUGUUAUAAGAAUGGAUAUUUUACUUGGCUUUAGAAUGUUUUACCAGGAAACUAAUUCUUAACUGAUCAAGUCCUUGCUACUAAAAUGCUUGUGUUUUUCAUCCUGACGUCGUGUGCUUCUAAAUUAAUAAUCAUUUUCGUUGUAGAAAAAUGGAGUGAAUUUAUAUUAGUCUUGGAAACUAAUAAUAGCAUUGUAAAUUUAUGAGAUGAUUUUAACAGAAAAAAAUUAUAGAAGAAUAUAGUUAUUUUAAUUGUAAUAUUACUAACUGUAGGGUGAGAGGGGUCCCGUGUGGUGAACUGUUAUAGCUUGUUACUCACAGUUUCUUUCUGAUCAUUUUUUCGGUCUCUGAGGUGAAACGAGUUAUUAAUUAAAAUUUGUAAACUCACAUAUGCAUAUUGUAUAUGUGUAGAAAUGUAAUCACACUUUGUCUUGGAAUUACAUUAAACUGUUUGGAAUCACUGUA